AUGGAAUCCGUGUUUAAUUAUCAUGACUCGCAGUUGCUCUGCGGAAACUUGGCGGAAGUGGAGGAUGUGUUGCUGAGGUUCCCCAUGCACAUUGAUUGGUACGAACUGCUUCCAGCUGUGCUGCUCUUUGACUUCACGUCUCGUCCCACCGUCGAAGACGUUCCUAAUGCAGUGGAAAUGUGUCUUAGACUCUGUCGUAUGGGCGAAAGGGGCACCGAGCUGAGGCCCGUGGAUCUCAUCCUCAUCUCUUUUGCCAAAUUGAAUCGCAAAAAAGGUAUCGACCAAUCAGCUGCUGGCUUCAACAAUUGUUGGUUCCUCGCGCAUUGGACGGAUCUCAUGUACAGAGCUGGAACCUUGGGCUUCAUGGACGAGAAAGAUGCCAAAAGAUACCGACAGCAGUUUGUGCUCGACUACGCAUUACAGCUGAUUGACGAAAACUUGAGCAACAUGUCCUCUGCCCACUUUUGGACGAUUGCGAUGAAUUACUUGGACAAGAGCGAUCAGUACAGUCGACGGAUGUUGGAGAACCGGCUUCUGAGGUUGCCCUUGCAAAAUGAACGGGCUGUUUUGCGACUCCUUCAAAUUUCGCAACAGGAGGGGAUGCAAGAAGUUGCGCUGACGUUGUGCCGGGUCAAGUGCCGGGAAUCAGCGUCGAAAGGCCAGUAUUAUGCAGCGAUAUUGUGGGCCAUGCGUUGCGGAGAGGCAUCUACCAUCGCCUUGGCCACCAGGGAAUUCGUUCGAGCACUGGUCCAAGAAUCAUCUCGGGAGAACCUGACUUCCCUGGACAAAAUUGACAUCCCGGCUGCGUGGACCGCGGUGUCGCCCGAUCUGGCCUUUUUGGCCAACUACAGGGAGUUCUGUUUCUACAAGAGGCAAAUGAAGCACGCAGAUGCUUUGAACGUGCUCGUCAACAUGAUGAAAUCCAGCCACGUUCCAUCACUAUUCCGUCCGAUCCUCAACUCGGAUGCCGUGAUGCUGAUGAACGAAGAAAGCGCGCGGUUCACCGUGGAAGACAUUGAGAGCAUCAUGAGAUACGUGGACAAGUCUGGUCAAAUGCGGCAGCAGCAGAAACACGGAUCAUGUGGUGCAUCCCUGGCUACGGUGCGGAAAACCCUGCUGAAAAAGUAUGAGACUCUCGCCGACAGCAGCUGAAUGAAGGCAAAUCGCGGCGAACACGAUUGUGUGUUGAGAUGAUUUUUUUUCCUUCCUGAAAGCGAUUGAAAUUCCAGUGUGGAAUUGUGUUUUUUUUUUUUUUAAAUAAGGUGUCGCUCAUGAAACUCGAAUGAGGAAAAGAGAUGCAUUUUCAUUUUGCCUA